AAGAAUUCACUUCUUUGAAAAGGUCUGAUUUUAUGUGUGACUUUUACACACAGAGAUAUGUAAAAGAAUCUCCAUCAGGUCUCCAUUCCCUGGACUGCUGUGUCAAAUCGUAAAACUUAAUCAAUCUCUAAAACUGAUGGACUGAUUUAAAUCUUCAGUGACUUUGUGAAUGUAUUGUUUUACCAAAAAAAUUCUUCCAAAUAUAUCUUUCUCGGUGUUCAUCAGAACAAAGAUAUUUAAACAGAUUUGGAACAACUCGCGGGUGUAAACUCAGACCUAAUCACCAUGGCUACAGCUAUAGAUGUCUCUCACCACCUUCAGUGUCCCAUCUGUAAGAACCUGUUUGAAGAUCCGGUCAGCACAGGCUGUGGACACAGCUUUUGCCAGCGCUGUCUGGACCAGCACAUAAGCAUGAGUGAUCAACAAUGCCCUCUGUGUGAGGAGCCAGUGUACACCAAACCCAGCGUAAACGCUGCUCUCGAAACCCUUCUGCGAGAGUUUCUCCAGUUGCAGAUGGCCGACCUGAGUCUCUAUACGGGUGAGAGAGGUGAGAUCCCAUGCAACGUCUGUGAGGAAAACCUGACGUCAAGAGCUGUGAAGUCCUGCUUGACCUGUUUGCUCUCGUACUGUGAGCGGCAUCUGAAGCGCCAUCAGUCUUUGGAGAGGCACAGGGGUCAUAAACUGGUGAGUCCGGUGGAGAGACUGGACGAGAAAGCAUGUCGUGUCCAUGGCAGACCUCUGGAGCUCUACUGCAAACGCAACAAGCACUUAAUCUGCACUUUAUGUGUGAAGACCGGUGAAGAUGUCAUUUCUGUGGAGACAGAGAGAGAGAGGAGAGAGGCCGAACAGCAAAAUACUAUUAAAGGAUUGGAAAGCAUGAUAAACCAGAGUGAAAAAAAACUUGAGGAUCUUCAAAACAUUGUCACAAAAUACCAGGCUCAGAUAGACAGAGAGCAGAGGGAGAUAAAGGAGGUGUUUGCUGAAGUGAUGGAUGUUGUGAGGAGAGCAGAGGAGGAGCUGCUCACUCCUCUGGAGGAUGGAAGAAGAUGUCUUGAGAAGGAGAUGGCAGAGAAAACCCAGCAGAUACAAAAGGAAAUCCUUAAGUAUAGAGAAAUCAUCGAUCACUUGAUCCAAAAUAAGAAAGAGGAAGAUGACAUUAUCUUUCUCCAGUCAUACCCUUCUGUACCUGCUGAAUUCAAACAUGAUUGGACAGUUUCUAUUGACACUGAACUGAAGUUUGGCUCCAUGAGAAAUAUAAACUCAUCUGCAUUGGCUUCUAUUAGGACUCAGCUGGAGAAUCUGUGCUCUUUUGAAAUUAGAAGAAUUCAGAGGUUUUCAGUGGAUGUGAUUCUGGAUGAAGAAACCGCACAUCCAAGUCUGGAAGUGUCUCAGGAUGGCAAAACCGUGAGAGACAAAGGAAACGUUCACGACAUCCCGGGCGGCCCCGGCCAAUUCGAUCUGGUGGGUGGAAUCCUGGGAAAGCUUCAGAUUACAUCCGGAAGAGCAUUCUGGGUAGUUGAGGUGGGGGAGAAAACAAGUUGGGAACUGGGUGUAGUGAGAGAAAAUGCAAAUAGGAGAGGAAAAGUCUCCUACAAGCCCAAAGAGGGUUACUGGGCCAUCGUGCUCUGCGCUUCAAACCUGUAUGGAGCUUUUGAAGAUCCUCCUCUUCAGCUUCAUCUCUCCACCAAACCCCAGAAGGUGGGAGUGUUUGUCGACUAUGAGGAUUCUUUCGUCUCCUUCUAUAAUAUGGACAAUCUGUCACAUAUUUACACUUUCACUCAGUGCGACUUUAAUGAAACGCUCUGUCCGUAUUUUAACCCUCAUCCCAACAAAGAUGGUAACAAUUCUCAUCCAAUGAUCAUAUGUUCUGUCAACCCAGGUGACAUCCUUAUUUAGGAGCUGUACUGUGUGCAGUAAGCAUUACCACACACACGCACGCGCGCGCGCACAGAAAAAAAUAAGAGACCAUUUCAGAGAUCUUUUUUAAAUGUGCUAUUUAGAGGUACAUGUAUGAGUUUAGGUAAAAUUAUCAUUUGUGUUUCAUUCUGUGAACUACUAACAAUAUUUCUCCUAAAUUUCAAAUAUAAAUAUUCUUUCUUUUUGCACUUAUUUGCAGAAAAUGAAAACUGGAGAAACAGGUUAAAAUAAAAGAAAAAUAUGCUCUGUAUUUUUUCAAGAACAAGUUCAUAUUCACUUUUAAGUAAUACAACAGUAAUAUUUGUACAUGUAUUUAGGAAAAGUAGAAAAAAAAGUAAUAACCUCGAUUUUAUGUCGGAGUUUUCAUGUGUCUUGUCUUUGUCUUUCAAGACAAGCUCAGUCUUUCACAUUUGCUGUUGGAUGACUUUGUCACUCCUGAGGUUAGAUUUUGUUGAAAUACAACAGACACUGGACUGGAAUGGCCUCAAGACAUCUUUUUAAAUGAAAAUUUGGAGUGGUCUCUUAAUUUUUUUCUAUGGCUGUGUAUGUGUAUGAUAUAUAUGGUAAUUAUUUAGUGAGUGGUGAGUGGGGUAUACUAUCUUUUUUGUUUAAGCAUUUGUUUAGUUUUCUUAUUCUAAAUCCUUUUUGAAAACAAUUAAGAAAAGGACAUAUUUGUAUUUUAUCAAAUAUUUGCACCAAGUGGUUGACUGUAUUGAGUGGGUGACAGAAUACUAUAGGGUUUUUAAAUUACUAGAAGCAUGUGAAAUCUGCAAAUCAGGGUUCAGAUCAUGAAAAACAUUUAUACUGACGUAUUUUAUAAAUGUACAAAAAAAUGUGAACAACUAAAACCACACAUUUGAAACCUCAUUAACAGCUUUUGUUACUGCAUGGUUCUUUUUUACCUGUGCAUGCUAUGCCCAUGUAUAAGAGUUACGGGAAAAGUGAGAAGUUUAAGGUAUAAAUACGAUUAUUACUGAACGGAACCCUAUGUUGGUAUUGUUGGUAUUUUUAAUAAACUAUACUGUAUAUUAGUUCAACAGAUUUUAAUUUCUACAUUGCACUGUCUAUU